AUGUCAUCAUUCAAAACUAUUAAGGCCAUUGGUGCCGCAACGCUCAGCUUCGCGCUUGUCGCCGCUAUCGAAGGAGCCAACGCCAUCCCCAGCACUGGAACCACUUCGCUCAGGGAGGAGGCAGCUAAGAAGGACAUUCUGAUCGGGUCCGGUGCAAUCAAUCCAACCUACCUUGAUGAUCCUCAGUUCGCGACCGUCCUUGCUGAGCAAUUCAACAGUCUCUCUCCCGAGAAUGAGUUGAAGUGGUCGUUCAUUAACCCAACGGAAGGGUACUACAACUGGGACACGCUUGACCGCCUUGUGACCUUCGCGGAAGACAACGCCAUGGUGGUCAAGGGACACGGGCUCAUCUCGACUUGCUGUAACCCCGACUACCUGCUCAACAUUACCGAGCCUACGGCGUUUCGUGCCGCGAUGACGGCUCACUUCGAGGCGAUUAUGCACCGGUAUCACGGCAAGAUGGAUCGGUGGGACGUUGUCACAGAAGCCCUUGCAACAAUGGGCGGCGGCUUGAACGUCACAGAUUUCUACAACGUACUCGGUCCUGGCUACAUCGAAGAUGCAUUUCGCAUCGCCCGCGCAGCAGACCCGGACGCCAAGCUGUUCAUCAACGAUAAUCUUGUUGAGUCGCUACCCGGCAAGCGUCAGGAACUCUACGAUCUAGUUUCCGGACUCGUAGCAAACGGCGUUCCAAUUGAUGGAGUCGCUCUGCAGAUGCACAUCACCGAAGUAGCCCCGACACCGGGCGUGAUCACGGACAUGGCCAAAUCAUACCAGGCGCUCGGACUGGAAGUUACGAUCGCUGAACUGGACGUCCACACACUCAACGCCACACUCCAGGCCGAUAUCUACGGCGCCGUUAUAGAUGAGGCUUUAAAGGCAGGAAUCAACGACAUCAGCUUUUGGGGCUUCACUGAUAAGCACGCCUACACCUGGCUACCGGGUGCGAAGCCACUGAUGUUCGACGAGAACUACAAUCCCAAGAGUGCGUUCUACGCGACUCACACAGCGCUGGAGAACUUCGUUAGCGCUCCUCGGGAACUUUGA